AUGCUUGUCUUCGGUGCCAUUGUACAGUGCAUUUUGCAGUAUUCGCUUGUGUCGGAAAAUUGGGGGCGCACUGUGACUACGGCGGUUGAAAUUCCAGUUAAUUGGAAACAUGUCGAAAAUUUAUUGCCGCAUCGAGUGGUUCCUGAUGUGCCCCACCACACUACAUAUCCGACGCCAAGCGGAUGGAGACCGCCAAAUCUACGGUUGUGA